AUGGUUCUUAUCGAAUAUCUUUUUGCCGCCUCCCUCUUGGGGGCCAACGGUGUGUCUGCGUAUGCCGUACCACCCACCCCCAAUCAAACUCCCCUUGGGCCUGAGUCCAAGAGAUUCUCAAAGAUUUCCGAGCAUACGUCUCUAGUCCCCCAUAAUGACAACCUCGACAAAUGGAUCACAGAAGAAUCUGAAUUCGCAUGGGAGUAUCUUUUCGAUAAUGUUGCGCCUUACGGUAAGAAUACGGAAGGCGCAGCGCCGGGUACUGUCAUCGCUUCUCCGUCCAAAUCCUAUCCGGACUACUUUUACCAGUGGGUUCGUGAUGCGGCUAUCACGAUGAAGGGAGUCGUGAAUGCGUAUGCAAAAACAGAUUUCCAGGAUCUCAGGGAUACGGUGGAGCUAUACUUGGAGAUUCAAGAAAACAUCCAAAGUACAGCCAAUCCGAGUGGUGGGUACAGUUCUGGCGGUCUAGGGGAGCCUAAAUUUAUGGUUAACGGCGAGCCAUUCACCCGGCCAUGGUCGCGCCCGCAGAGGGAUGGUCCGGCACUCAGAAUUCUUACUCUGACCAGUUAUAUCAAGACUCUCAACGAGACGGAACCGGAGCUUGUGACCGAGGAAUGGUUGACGAAAUUGUAUGACCCAACGAAGCCUAAUUUCUCCAUAAUCAAGGCCGAUCUCGAGUAUAUUGCGCGCACAUGGAACGAACAAGGCUUCGAUUUAUGGGAAGAAACCAUGGACCUUCAUUUCUUCACCGCACUAGUUCAACAUAAAGCGCUCGUAGAAGGGCGUGAUCUGGCGAGACUACUUAAUGAUCAGAAAGGCGCGGCCUGGUAUGAUCGCCAGCAAUCUACGCUGAAGGGUUUCCUGAAAGACCAGUUCUGGAGUAAGGAAAAGGGGCAUCUUCUUGCAUAUCUAAACACCCCACACAGGACAGGGCUGGAUUGCAGUUUGAUGUUAGGUGCAAUUCAUGGUGGCCAGAGCGAUCUUUUCCCGGCGUGGAGCGAUGAAGUGCUGGUUAGUAUGCAGAUGUUGAUUAACGAUAUGGAGAAACGACAUUCGAUCAACCGUCAGGUACCACCGUAUUAUAAAGAGGAAGAGAGGUUGAGAGGCGUUGGGAUUGGAAGGUAUCCUGAGGAUAUAUACGAUGGCGUCGGUUUCUCUGGAGGACACCCAUGGUUCCUUUGCACAUCAAGUGUCUCAGAAAUUCUCUAUACCGCUAUUGAACAUUUUGUGAAGCAAGAAAGCUUCGAAAUCACCCCCAUAAACCUCCCAUUCUUUAAUAGAAUGCAUCCCAAUGGCAAGGCUGAAGUCGGAAUCGUCACGGUAGACGACUUGAUUUUCCACAAGUAUCUUCGCUCAAUGUUCACCUAUGCCGAUAGUUUCCUGAAUGUUAUUCGGUGGCAUGCCACAGCAGACGGGAGGCUGAGUGAGCAGUUCGACGGAAGAACUGGAUUCCAGAGGGGCGCGCACGAUUUGACAUGGAGUUAUGGAUCAUUCUUGGAGGCCGUUGAGAAAAGGAAGAGUGCAAAGUUAACGAUGUUGAACAAAGUAGAUAAGUUGUAG